UGCGGAUACUCGGACUGUGUGUGACUCGCAUUGCGCCGCACAGCGCAGACAGUUUAGCUCCGUUCGGUUCAGUUCAGUUCAGCCGCGAAGCGAGUAAGACGUGUUUUCUCCUCAACCCAAAAACAAAACAGAAAAAUUUAAUACAAACACCCAAACAUAACAACACUGAAAACAAAGUUGGAUAAGAAGAAAAAUCCGAAGUUUGAAGUUUUACACACACACACACACGACACGUUUUAAGUGCUUCCAGUCUCUUCUGCCAUUUUUUGUGUUUUUAAAUAAAUUGCGCGAGCUUUAUGAGAAAUGCGAACAAAGUCAAAUCAAACUCAACUAACAAUAAAAAACGAAAAGUGUACUAAACAAAUAUAUCAAUGAAAUAAAGAAUCUUUUUGAAAAUACUUUGAAGAGUGUUUUGUGCUGAAAAUGCUGCCAUUCUUAAUGUUCAAAAUAUUGCACAAGAAAUACAAAAUCAAUUAACAAAUCGACAAGUGCACGCCCAAAAAAACAACAACACAUAAAACAGAGACAACAACAGAAAAGUUCUUUAGAGCCAGAGAAUAUAGUAUAUAAAGCAGGCAGAGCAGGACAAAAGUUGUGUUUCGAUAACAAAUUCGAUAACCACAGACUGUGUGCAGUGCAUAAACCGCAGGAGUUUUUGGUCCUCAACGAACGACAAUAACAACAACACCAACGACACCAACAACAACAACAAUAACAAUGGCCGUGCCCUUUUAUCUGCCCGAGGGCGGCAACGAUGACAUUGCCUCGAGUUCAGCGGGCACCUCGGGCAUCUCCUCCUCCUCCUCCUCCUCCGCGUCGUCGUCGUCUACUUCAUCAUCGUCGGCAUCCGGCUCGUCGGCAGCAUCAUCGUCAUCCUCCUCCUCUUCGUCCUCCUCCUCCUCUUCCUCGUCGGGUGUUUCGUCGGAUGGCGCCAGCAGCAUCGCCUCACAGUCCCCAAACACAACGAGCUCGGCCACGCAGACGCCGAUGCCAUCGCCAUUGACAAUGCCCAACGACCAAGUGCUGACCGCCCUCUGUGAAUGGUAUCAACAGCAUCUCCAUCAACGCUACCAGUUCAAUGGCAAUGCCACGGCUCCGCACAUUUUCCAGUACCCGACGCCGCCGAGUCCCUCGUGUUCGAUGGCUCAGUCACCGAGCUACACGGGCCCCGACUUCUUCUUUGCCCACCCCGGUGUCUCGGCCUCGCAUUUGGCACAUCCCCGCACACCGCGCACCAGCGUCAGCUUUGCGGCCGGCGAGGAGAUCCCCUACUUCCGGUCGCCAGCAUAUCCGGCGCCAUCGACACCACAGCCAAUGCCACGACAACCGCCGGCGCCGCAGUCGGCGCCACCGUUGCACUACAGUCACAGCUAUCCACAGCAAUCGACACACUUGCUGCCCCAUCAUCCGGCCUCCUCUGGCUCCAUCUCCGUCUCCUCAUCGACACAAUACGGCGGUCAUCCUCUCCCCGUUGGCGCCUACUAUGCCACCUACACGCCGCCACCGACACCGAACACGGCGAAUGCUUCCACCUCGACGCCCAGCUCAUCGUCGUAUCUACGGCACGGUCAUGGCUUAGGGCUGGCUUCGACUCCACUGGCGCCAAGCGGUCCCAAGAUGCGACUGCAUCGCAGCCAAUCGGAUGCGGCCAGACGCAAGCGACAGACCUCGACGGGGGAAGAUGAACGCGAGUAUCAGAGUGAUCACGAGACCAGCUGGGAUGAGCGGGACGAUCGUUAUGAUAAUUUCACGGCUGGACGAGAACGCCUUCAGGAGUUCAAUGGACGCAUACCGCCGCGCAAGAAGAAGAACAGCGGCAACGGUAAUCCGAACAAUAAUCAAAGCCACAAUGAAAGUCCUGAGAGCGAGGAAAACAACAGCGAGCAGCGAAAUGCAACGGAGAAGGAAAAGAAGAAGCAACAAAGCUUCACUUGGCCGACAGUUGUCACCGUCUUUGUGCUUGCCAUGGGCUGUGGAUUUUUUGCAGCACGAUGAGUGCCGAGCAAAAGCAACAACAACAACAACCAGAUGCGAGAACAUUAACAACAACAACAACAACAUUUACUUAAUGAUCCAUAGUGAAAUCGGCUAACAUAUAGAACAUUGUAAUCCCAUAUAAAUAUACAUUUAUAUAACAUAUACUAUUCAAUAAGUUUAUCAACGAAAAAUCGAGCUGUAAAAGGUAAAGUCAUAAAAUCGUACAGAAUCAACUGAUGAGAAACCCCUAAAAUAUAGUUGUGUAUAAAGUUAUGGACGGUUGACGGGACACAAGAACAAUAUAUAUAUAUAUAUACAUAUAUUCAUACUAUAUACACAUACGAUAUGUGUACAUUCAACGUACUAUAUUCUAAAUUACUUCUCUCAAAACGAAUAGACUAUCCAUUUAAGAACUACUUAAGAAAACAUUCAAACUGCUCAAUUGCAAACUGUAGACUGGCUAAAGACUAAACAAAAAACAAAAUACAGAUAUUUUUGCUAAAAAAAAAACAAAUUACAAACUUAAAUACAUAUUUUUUGGUAACGCUUUUUGGCUAAAGAC